CUCGCGCUCGCCUGUCCAUCGCCCUCCGGGGAGAGCCAGCGAGCAUUUCCACCUUCGCUGCACAUUCAGGCAAACCGAGCUCGCAGCGCUUCAGGAUUCUGCGGCUCAGAACUCGGAUCGGAGCUCUGAACCCCAUGGUGUUUUUUUAAAUACUUAUUUUCCGUCUCCUCUCUCUCGAUUUGAUCGCAUCAUUUUCGAUCUAGGGAGCUAAAGGAGCAAGGCAGCUCCUUCCCCAGUCAGCCCCGGUUGGCUUGCCAUCCUCCAUCUGGCUUAUAAAAGUUUGCUGAGCGCACUGCGCUGCUCGUCCCCUCGGCUGGCGGAAGGGGGUGACGCUAGGCAGCGGUGAGAAGCGCGCCGCUGGCUCUGGCGGGCUUUCGACUGGAGGGGCAAGGUGAAGAACGCACGGGCCCUGGGGUUUACCGAGCUGGAUUUGCAUGUUGCACCAUGCCUUCUUGGAUCGGGGCUGUGAUUCUUCCCCUCUUGGGGCUGCUGCUGUCCCUCCCGGCCGGAGCCGAUGUGAAAUCUCGGAGCUGCGGCGAGGUCCGCCAGGCGUACGGUGCCAAGGGAUUCAGCCUGGCGGGUAUCCCCUUCCAGGAGAUCGCAGGGGAACAUUUAAGAAUCUGUCCUCAGGAAUAUACAUGCUGUACCACAGAAAUGGAAGACAAGUUGAGCCAGCAAAGCAAACUUGAGUUUGAAAACCUUGUGGAGGAGACCAGUCAUUUUGUGCGUACCACUUUUGUGUCCAGGCACAAGAAAUUUGAUGAAUUUUUCCGAGAGCUCUUGGAGAAUGCAGAGAAGUCCCUCAAUGACAUGUUUGUAAGGACCUAUGGAAUGCUGUACAUGCAGAACUCCGAAGUGUUCCAGGACCUCUUUACUGAGCUGAAAAGAUACUACACGGGGGGCAAUGUGAACCUGGAGGAGAUGCUCAAUGACUUUUGGGCUCGGCUUCUGGAACGGAUGUUUCAGCUGAUAAACCCACAGUAUCACUUCAGUGAGGACUACUUGGAAUGUGUGAGCAAAUACACCGACCAGCUGAAGCCUUUUGGAGAUGUGCCCCGGAAACUGAAGAUUCAGGUCACCCGUGCAUUCAUUGCAGCGCGGACAUUUGUUCAAGGACUGACUGUGGGCAGAGAAGUUGCAAACCGAGUUUCCAAGGUCAGCCCAACCCCUGGGUGCAUUCGCGCUCUCAUGAAGAUGUUGUACUGCCCAUACUGCCGCGGACUUCCCUCUGUGAGACCGUGCAAUAACUACUGCCUCAACGUAAUGAAGGGGUGCUUGGCGAAUCAGGCUGAUCUCGACACCGAGUGGAAUCUCUUUAUAGAUGCAAUGCUCUUGGUGGCAGAGAGACUGGAAGGACCGUUCAACAUUGAGUCCGUCAUGGAUCCGAUAGAUGUCAAGAUUUCUGAAGCCAUUAUGAACAUGCAGGAAAACAGCAUACAGGUGUCUGCAAAGGUGUUUCAGGGAUGCGGCCAGCCCAAGCCCGCUCCAGCCCUCAGAUCAGCCCGCUCAGCACCAGAAAACUUUAAUACGCGUUUCAGGCCCUACAAUCCUGAGGAGAGACCAACAACCGCUGCAGGCACAAGCUUAGAUCGGCUGGUGACUAAAAUAAAGGAGAACAAGCAAAGCAGGUAACUAAAAGUAAACAAGGUGAUCUGGUUUGUUCUCUACCGGAUCUGCAAAGAAUGAGAAAGCUGAACAAUUGGCUCCUCAAAUUCAGAAGAAUGCUAUUUAGGUCAUUCCAAAGAGAGAUACUUGCCUGAGAUCAUGAAUGAUGGGUUGACCAACCAGAUCAACAAUCCUGAAGUGGAUGUGGACAUCACACGGCCCGACACUUUCAUCAGACAGCAGAUCAUGGCUCUUCGUGUGAUGACCAACAAACUAAAGAAUGCAUACAAUGGCAACGACGUCAACUUUCAGGACACGAGUGAUGAAUCCAGUGGUUCAGGGAGUGGCAGUGGAUGCAUGGAUGAUGUGUGUCCCACGGAGUUUGAGUUUGUCACCACAGAGGCCCCAGCAGUUGAUUCUGACCGAAGAGAAGUGGACUCUUCUGCCCCCCAGCCCGGCCUCUCCCUACUUUCGUGGUCUCUUCUCUGCUUCGCGCUGGCACUGCAGAGACUGUGCAGAUAA